UGUCGUUCCUCUUAAUAUACUUUAUCCUUUAUAGUCAGAUUUGAAUUUUUAUCUUAAUAAUACAUGAUAUGUUUUAUCACUAGCCUAAUUUAAAAAAAAAAAUUAAAUAGACCUAAUAAUAAUAAUACUUUAUAUUUAGUCCGAUGGUCUGGUGAUAGGUACAUCUGAAUAAAUUUAAGAGAUCUCAAAUUCUAUACUCUAUUUUUUAAUGAUUUUGUAAAAAUAAACGGUUACAAAUAAUCCACCCUUUACCUACUCCUCAAAUAAACCUAAUCUAUAUUAUGAUAAAAAUCAAAUAGUUUCCAAAAACACACAAUAUUUACAACCAAGAAUUAGCAAUACAAUAAUCUUAUAAUAUUAAUGAGGGUAUCUGUGUAGCCUUAUAAAUAACAAAGCAUGUAAUGCAAGGGCCAAUUCAAGCAGCAGCCAACCAAAUCUUUUGUUUCUUGAGCUGCUGCUGCUGCCUCCAUGACUAGGAAGAAGGUGAAGCUUGCAUAUAUCAGCAAUGAUUCUGCAAGAAAAGGAACCUUCAAGAAAAGGAAGAAGGGACUAUUGAAGAAGGUGAGCGAGUUAAGCACCCUUUGUGGUGUUGAUGCUUGUGCCAUCAUCUAUAGUUCCUAUGAUCCUCAGCCUGAGAUUUGGCCGUCACCUUCUGGAGCACAACGUGUGCUUACUAAGUUCAAAAACAUGCCUGAGAUGGAACAGAGCAAGAAAAUGGUGAACCAAGACAGUUUCCUCAGGCAAAGGAUCUCGAAAGCCAAUGAGCAGCUCAAGAAACAACAGAGGGACAAUCGAAAGAAGGAAAUGACACAGGUCAUGUUUCAGGCUUUAGUUGGAAACAGCCUAAACAACCUUAACAUGCUGGAUUUGAACGAUCUUGAAUGGUUAAUAAAUCAAAACUUGAAUGAGGUUCAAAACAAGAUUGAUUCACUUAAAAAAGAGGCUAAUUCUUCAGCUUCUGUGGCUGUGGCUGGACCUAGUGGAGAGGUUAAAGAUAUUGCACCACAGCAGGAGGCUGAGAAGCAAGCUUCUGAGAUGAACAUGGAAGCUAUGCAGAAGCAGCCAUGGAUCACAGAUUGGAUCAAUCAACAACAGGAGAACAUGGGAUUUUUGGGUGAUGAUGUGAAUGUUCCUUUUUGGGAUAAUAAUAAUUAUAAUGGUCUUUGGUCUGGUCCAUUUUUUCCUUAA